AUGCAGGAGGCGACGUCUCCGCUCCCGGCGCUGAGCAACGGCUACCAGCCGCUCCCGUCGCUGUACCUGGGGUUCCUGGCCAUAUGGGCGGCCUCUGGCUUCUCCUGGGCCUUCAGCACAUGGAGGAACCGCCAUUACCAGGCGAAUAACCUACAAUGGAUCCUGUCCCUAGUCCCACUGAUCAAAGCGCUCCAAAUGGCACUCUCAUUCCUGUUCUGGUACUCGUGCGUGCACCUUCAGACAUGCUCGCUGUGGAUGUCGUUCGGCGCGUACGUGACGGGGAUCCUCUUCCAGACGGCCUCCUUCGUCUCCUUCGUGCUCAUCUCCCACGGCUACUGCAUCAUGUGCGAGCGCCUCUCCAUCCGGGAGAGACGAACCACGGCCGCUCUCGGGUGCCUUCUGUACCUGAGCCUCAUCGGCUACAAGGCUGCAGUUCCCUACUUCACAGUCAUUCUUCUGGUCAACUAUUUUGCGUCAUUUUACAUCAUAUUUCGGCGUACUUCCCAGAAUCUUAUAGUUCUACAGGAGCAGCUCAGUUUCAUAGAAGAGGAAGACAUCCAUUCCUUGCACGGCGCGCUGAACACAAAGUAUACAAUGUUCAAGAGAUUUCAGGGAACGAUGCAGGUGGCCGCAGUGGCAUUUAUCAUGGUAUACAUGAGGGCCGACGACACACCAGAGAACUACUGGUUUCGCGUGUUAGUACGUGAGUGGGUACAGUUCUGCAUCUUCAUGUACAUUGGAUGGAACUUCAGAAUCCCUGAAGCCUCACUUCAUCUGCAUACCAUACCCCUUAUGAAAUCAGCAUGGGAGAUCACCAUUCCUCCUAUUUACAGUGUGGAGAUGGACGCAGCCGAUUUCAAAGGUCUAGUCUCGGAUCAAUGGCAUGUUGGAAUGAGGACUGGUUCAGGCUGUUCUGCACAACCCCUACUGGUGCUGGUUCAGAACCCUUGCCCAACGACGGCUUGUCCUUCCGGUAGAGCCUCAAAGUUUCAGUUGGACAGGGACAACCAGGUGUCUAUGCCCAUGUCUGCAUGCUGUACUGAAGCUUUAGGCACUUCCAUUCUUGCCGGCUUCUAUGUUUUCUGCUACAUAAAACCAAUCCAUGACGCCCUAGCCUAG